GCCCGGCGCAGCGCGGGGGCCGCUUCCCCCUCAGCGUUGCUGCCCGCCCUUAAGAGCGGCGCGGCUCAGCCCCGGCCCCACACCGCCACACAGCUCUGCGGCGGCGCUGCGCUCCUCGGCGUUUGUUCGGGACGGCGGCGGGGACACCCAUGGGGCACGGGCGGCCCUAGGCUGCCCGCCGGCCGCAGCAUGCCGCUCCCUGUGCGCCCGCUGUGGCUCCUGUGCCUCUGCAGCCUGUGCCGCGGGUACUUCGAGGGGCCGCUCUACCCCGAGAUGUCCAACGGGAGCCUGCACCACUACUUUGUCCCCGACGGGGACUACGAGGAGAACGACGACCCGGAACGGUGCCAGCUGCUGUUCCGGGUGAGCGAGCAGCGGCGCUGCGGCGCGGCGGCACCGGCGGCGGGCUCCGGGCUCAGCCUGCGGGAGGAGCUCACCGUGCUGGGSCGGCAGGUGGAGGACGCGGGCCGGGUGCUGGAAGGCAUCGGCAGGAGCAUCUCCUACGACCUGGACGGCGAGGAGAGYUACGGAGCCUACCUGCGCCGCGAGUCCGCCCAGAUCAGCGACGCCUACUCCAGCUCGGACCGCUCGCUGAGCGAGCUGGAGGGCAAAUUCCGGCAGGGGCAGGAGCAGGGCGGACGGGAGGAGUCCCGCCUGGGAGACAGCUUCUUGGGGCUGCUGCUGCACGCCCGCGCCCUGCUCCGAGAGACCCGCCACGUCUCCAGCGGGCUGCGCGACAAGUACGACCUGCUGGCGCUGACGGUGCGCAGCCACGGAGCCCGCCUCAGCCGCCUCAAGAAUGAUUAUCUCCGCUCCUGAGAGCCACCCCAGCCCUGCCGCCAGUCCCCUGUGUCUGCCUGGAAGAGCACCUCCUUGGACAAACCCUAAGAAUCAGGGCUUUUCGACCUCGCGUCAAGUCCGACCUUUGAAUGUCACCUGAACCUGCCUUGAGAAGUGCCGCAUUUACUCAUCUUUGAACGCUUCCAGGGRUAGUGACUCGACCAAAAUGCAUUCUCCUUCGUGGAAAGACCUUAUUUAUUUUGUUUUUGCUUUCUAAAUACAUAGCACAAUUCUAUAAAACCGGGAGUUUCGAGGUAUGUCUAAGUUAAURUCCCGUAUUCCGAAAUCUGCCGUCUGUUACUUCAUUCAUCUUUGGUUGCAAAGUGAAGGAAGCGUUGUCAUCUCGGAUUCCCUGUUGUUCGUUUGUAUAUCACCUGUUCUGCCAUAAGUGUAGUUGAAGUGAGGUGCUGGCCAGCUCCUUCCAGACUCCCGUGUAGCAAAUGCUUAAAUUGCUUUUGUUGUUAGCCCAGGGUGAAACCUCUGGCCCUCUGUUUGCUUUCUUUGUAAUGGUAUGUAUCCUAUGCAAGUUAAACGUUCCACUACAUAAAACUGUGAUUUUUCAUUUGCGUUUGGAAAGAUGGGAACCAUUCUGGCAGGAUUUGUACUUCCAGGCUUGCUUAUCUGUGACUCUAAGCUGUCAUAACCCUAAGAACCAGCCAAAAAAAAAAGCUUAUGUCAGAUCCUGAGAAUGCCAAGAUUAUUUUUUAAUAGCAAAAAGAAUGAGCCCUAGUGGUGAAUUACAGUUUUGGAUCSCAGGUUUGAGAGCCAGGAGCACGUUUCUAAAGCAGACGAAAAGGUUUUGUCUGUGCCAGCACAGUGACUUUUCUUGUUGGCGACUUUGUACUUUUGCUAGCUAAGCURUUAAUAAAACUAUUUGUGGUCCUAGACAAUAGCAAAAGUGCCCAGUGGGAAGGAGGGUGGGGGUUAUUUGGGUUUCUAGACUCAUUUAACUGAUAAUUUGGAGUAAUGUGGCUAUUAGGGUACAGAUACUGCAGGCAGAUUAGAUGUUUGGAUGAAARAAGUUCAUGGGUUGUUGUAAUAAAUAUUUGAAAACAAUGUUAUAAGUACAUUUGUCUUAUUAGUUUCCGAGAUGCUCUUAAUUUUAAAACAUUCAGUUGAAAUGUGCCUUUUCAGCAAAAGAAUUGCAAGUUUGUAGCCCCURCCAAGUGAAAUAACUUGCUUUUUAGGUAAAACAAAUAAAAAUUUACACACGACGUAUGCAAGUUUCUUUAAAGGAACAACACAGAAGGGCUUGUUGGGCAGACUUUUGAAUUUGUAAGCCUUUUGAAGCACUUAGGAGCCCCAUGGCACUGGAAGAGAAGCUGACGCACUUUGGAGGUGUGUUCUUGUUAAUCCUGCUGUCAUUCAGUUACACUUCACCACUUCAUCUGCAAACCAUCCAGUGGUUUAUUCACUGCAGGGAAUUAUUCAGCUGCACAGUGGCUCAACAAAAGUCAGCAGGGACCAGAGCACUGAAGGCACCGGCAAAGUCUCACAAGGGUAGGUUCUUACAGAACCAGGCUCAUUUCGCUGAAGGCAGUGAGAUGGAGCCUGCUAGCAAGAUACUUUAGAUGCCACUUUGCAUUUUUGAGUCCUCAGUAUCUAAAGAUUUGCUAAAAAAAAUAAAGGAAAUGUUUUAUUGGUUGACUCUUUAUUGGUUGACUUUUUAUUGGAACCACGCUGUUAUUUUCCUGUUGUCAAAUUAGAAAGGAUGACAAGUUCUAGGUCUUAAAAAUGGGUUUAUUUGUGAUACUUUCCUUGCCACUAAGGGUGGAUGGCACAACACAAGAGUGAGCUGAGUUGACUGCUCACUAUCUCAGCAAACCAUAUGGCAUUUCUGAGCUGGACCAGCCUUCAGAAGUGCCUGAGAUCAGUCUCCCCCAAAGAUGUCAUGCAGUUCCAUUUGUGCCCAGAGGCUUCUUGAAGCAAGUUUUUAGUCUCUGUUUACCUACUUUGAGUCAUUGGCUGUCACAUGAAUUAUAAACAUCAGUAAAUAAACUAAAAUGGCAUGACCGUGCUAUUUUUUUGGGGUAUAUAACAGCAGUAUUCAAAUCCUGAUGGAAAAAUGGUGGUUGUAGUAUAAAACACAGCUUCUUGAAUAUGCUUUAGGCAGCUUGACUAUUGUAGUUGCAGUAGCAAACUUCUGAUCGAGCUGAAACUAUUCCAAUGUAUGCAACAUACCAAAAGAGUAAAUGUUUGCAGAAUGCUUACUUUCCAAAGCAGAAGAUAUGUGAGUAUUUACAGUAUAACUUGUUCCACUCCAUGCCCUGUAAAUUGUUUUUAAUGGAGCAAGACUAUGGUGCUUUAUAAUCCACACUCAUGUUUCGGAUAAAAAAAUAUUAAUUUCUGACACUUUUUUAUGUUGCAGUAAAAUAGAAACAUUUUUAUUUUUUAAUUAUGGCAGAUUUCUAAUUUUGUUUCAGUAGCAUUGAUUUUUAAAGGCUUCAAAUGUUUCUUUAAAAAGAAAAUGAAGGCAUCUUGAGUCUGGUCUAUGUGUUAGUUCACACAUUUAAGAAAAAUGGUCAAUCUUAUGUGGAUUUAAUGAAGCCAAUACAAAAAUCUUUCAGGACAUUUAAAUCUACUAGAAUUUGAUUUACAUAGUUYUGGCUGGUCUGAGCAAAUGUGUAUGUUAAACAUAUAAUUGUUGAGUCAAUGCUGAUGACAUGAAAUGGUUUUUAUAAAGCUGCCUGCAAGAACUGCGUGCUUAGUGAUAUUCAGAAUUUCAAAGUUUUAAAUUCAAUUUUUUCCUUUAAAAACCAUUAAAACUAUAUUGCAAUACUUUUUGCAAUCUUAUAAAUGUCCUGCUUUUGCUUUUUUAUCUAAUAAAACUUAUUUAUUUGGAAGGYACGAAGAUCCCUUGMGUUUAUAC